AUGGCAGAGCUUCCUGGAUCUCCUCUCCAUCAGGAGGGUCAACGUGAUCUCUAUUCAUUGCUUCGUUCUCCAGGAAAGCUGCUGAAGAAACAAUUGGAGUGGAAUGUUAUAAGAGAAGAGCUAACUGGUUUGAGGAGGAAUGCAAAAGAGACACACAAGAGCAUAGAUGGAUCUCUAUCGCAAAAGAAAGGAGGAGGAGAAUCAGCAGCUUGA